CACGUUUCCUUUGUCAAAAUUUGUAUCAUGUCAUGUCACCACCACCGAUCACCGACUGUCACCCUAAGCCCGUACAAAUCUAAAAUAGGCGGUUUUAACUGCCAUGCACAAAUUCCAAGACCAAAAGAUCUUGUUAUCCGGUGAUAGUCAUCAGACCCCACAGCUCUAAAUCCGACAGUGUCCAUCAAAAUCUACAAACUUCCACACACAAGGCACCCCCCCUUUCGGCCAUCACUUGUACGGGCAUCACCAAAUUGUUCCAAGCUUGCAACCGCAAGCUAACACGCUACAUAAGCUCUUUUGAGCUAACAAGCACCAGACGAGGCAAACUCAUAAUCUUGACAAAACAAGAAAAACAGUUGCGCCUCAGUAGUUUCUAAGAACAAUCAUUUGUACAGACUGUUUUAUUUUUUGUACAGAACGUUUUACUGAGCCGCAAUGGCUGAGAGUAGCUCAGUGGACGAGUCCGUAGCGGACGUCGUCAAGAGGGCGUCCGAACUGACGGUGUUGUCAUUCCGCAAGCUGGAUGACGUGAAGAGACUCGCGAGGCAUUUCCGGGGUCUUCUGGACCACCCUGACACGCAGAAGAACGCCACCGUGCUCAGGUACCUGAACAACCUAGAUCAAACGCAUAAAGCUAUUUACACGCAGAAACGCGAAGGCGUUGAGGUUGAGUACAUUUUUACCACGGAGAAGAAGAGCAGUCUCCAGAGGCAGAGGUUCAACAGCUUGCCGGUGAGUGAGGUGCCGGAUCUGCUGAAAAACGAGCUGCAAGUGAGCGACAACGCGAAACAAGUGCACAUCUGCACCGACUGCAACGUGGAGAUCGAGUUGAACGACGAGGAACCACUGAUGGAGUCGCUGCAGAAGCAUUUCAACUUAGAAGUGCACUUGCCGAAGCUAAAGCGCGAUAGUAUCGACGUGUCGGAACCUUUUGAGCUCCCGAAGAUGUCGCGUCGCCUGUCGUCCAUGGGCUGCGGCGAGAUCAGCCCGGCUCACAUGGAGAGGAUCGUGGCGAUGGUCAAACCGACAGAGAAGGUCGAGCGCACUCUGCUGGCCAAACUAGAGGCGGCGUUGGUCAGACAUCUGCCUGACAACUCCGAGGCAAGCAUCAACGCUGCCGUCAAGUUCUACCAGGGCGCUUACGAGAAACUCUGCCAGGAAGUGACGUCUAUCGACUUCGCGCCGCUCACCAGCUCUGUGGCCCCGAUCAUAAUGAGUAUCAAGGACAACGUGAACCAGAACUUUGCUUCAGACGCGAACAAAAACUAUGACAACGAGGAGACUGAGCCGUCCGAGAAACCGGCCAAGAACCAGGUGAAGAAGUACCGCUACUACGGCCCUAUAGAGAAUUUUAUAGUUAAAUUGUUGAUGAAUCACAAGCUUCUAGCGUUGGUUGACGACCGUACCGGCAAACCGGCUUUCUUCUGCAUGGCGUGUGAGUACUACACGCUGAGGUUCCGCUACGAUAGCGUCCUCGCUCAUAUCUUCAGCGAGACGCACAUUCACAACCUCGCCUGCAUCGUGCAAGCGGACAAACACAUUCCCUUCUGCACCGACGACCGCUCCAUCGAGAAGAUCAAAGAGAUGAACAAAAAGUUCCUGUUGAACCACAGUAUUACUGAGGACGACAAAGGGUUCAACUGCGGCCUCUGCAAGCUCACUCUGGACGCGCCCGAAGCGGCAAUUUUCCACAUCUUAGACGAGAACCAUCUCGGCAAGAUGUCCGACCGGCUGUACAGGAAAGCCAAGGCUAACAACCCUGACGGGCCGAUGCCGGAAGAAUGGGGCCCCAAAAGCCCUGAUUGGGCUAAAUUCCUCGCGGGAACCGGAAAGCCGUUGACGCAUCGCGACCACGUGGUCGUAGAGAACUUCAUCAAGCCGUCGGGAAAGAUUUCCAACUACUGCUCAUGUUGCGAUAUGACGCUGAAAGGUCCUAGACAGGUGCUCUUCAACCACAUUCGCCAGAAGAAGCAUUUGCGCAACGCCGCCCCGCACAAACUAGCCAUGUUGUACCGCAACCACUGCCGCCCUUCCGAAUUCUACGCCAGUUUCGGAAACUACUACCUUUGCGCUUUAUGCCCUAACCACGUCGCGUUGCCUUCCUUCGCCGCUAUCGUCGAGCAUUUCGAGAGCACCAUGCAUAUCGAAACCAUGGCUAAGCUCAUCCGCGCAGCUUUGUACAGCGAAGACAAGAAUAUUGACCAGAAUCUGUUGUCAGCGCAUUUGGAGACCACUCCCGAAUUGAAGUGCAAGUUCUGCGACGAAGGAUUCGAGGACAUGACUGAGGCGGUCCAGCAUAUCCUGUCCAGUGUUCAGCAUCAGAACGCGGUUGCCGUGGCUAAAUACAGUGCGAACAAGGGCGAUAUCAUCAGCGUUUACAUGAGCGGUCAUUACAUUCUGCACAACGAGGGUGCUACUUUCACCUGUGCGUCUUGCAAGGGCAUGUUCACAUCGAUCCGUCCGUUGCUUAACCACUUGGUCUACGCUGACCAUUUCGCAAAUAAACCCACUUCUGAAAACGUCUUCCGUUUCUACUUGGAGCUGAAGCAUAACAUCAAUAUGUGGGGCCGGAACAAGUAUGUUUACUACGACUUUGGCAAGCUGAAGUGCGGGGUUUGCGACGGGGAUAUAGACCAGGAGGAGAAUGCUAAAAAUCACAUUGUGUCUUCACGCCACCGCGAAAAUAUGGGGGCCAGUUAUAGUGUUAAUUUAGAUGUGCCUGGGAUGGAGUGAGAUGACGAUUGAUAAUGCUGCAUGUUGACUGUGAAAUGAAUUUAUGUGACGACGUUGUCGGCAAGUUGUUAAAUCUAAUCAUGUUUCAACAAUGAUAUACUUAAAAAGAUUUACAUGGCAUUGGUGAAAUCGUUUUACUAUGAAAUUUGAAUAAAUGAAAUAAUAUUUUUA